UGCCGUUUUAAAGAAAAUCAAUUACUAACAAACCAAAUAAAUUUAUUUUGAUUUUUAAUCGAAAAAGAAAAAAAAAGAAAAAAUUCUGGUAUCUUUGUAUAUAUCUCUUGGUGGAGGAAUGCUUGUCACCUACUCCUUUUAAGUUUCCAUUCUCUCACAUUGAAAGGGAAAUCCAGAGCUCACAGGCUUUGAGAGAGAGAGAGAGAGAAGUAUCUCUGUUUUUACUCUGGUUUUUUUCUUUUUUUUUUUGGUUUGGUUUGGUUUUUAUUGUAAUGGAGAAGCAUAAGUGUAAACUUUGCUUCAAGAACUUUUCAAAUGGAAGAGCUUUAGGUGGUCACAUGAGGUCUCAUAUGUUGAAUCUUCCAAUUCCUCCAAGACAACGUGAAGAAGAAGAGGAAGAACAAAGGAAUCAACUCAGUGAUGAUACCGAGUCAACUUCUUCACAACCGUCAUCAUCUCCAUCAGACGAAGAAGAAGAAGAAGGAGAAUUAGAAAAGGGGUCUGUUAUUCUUCAAGAUAGAGAAAGCGAGACUGAGUCAUCAAAGAACCCAACUCGUAGACGAUCCAAGCGGACUCGGAAGUUGGAACAUCAGUAUCAUCAUCAUCAACAACAAAGACAAGAACAAGAGAUGGUAAAGAAGCUUAAAUUUAACAAACUGAGUAAGACCGAGUCAUGGGUUGAGCCUGAACCGGUGAGUUCCAUAUCUGACACAACUACAGAAGAAGAUGUCGCUUUCUGUCUUAUGAUGCUUUCAAGAGACAAAUGGAAGAGAAAAGAACAACAGCGGCAUGAAGUUCAAGAAGACGAAGAAGAAGAAAAUGAAGAAGCAGAAAAGUCAAUGGAGGAAACAGAUGAAUCUGAUGAGUUCAAAUCUUCAAAACAACGAAGUCGAGGAAAGUACAAGUGUGAAACAUGUAAAAAGGUAUUUAAAUCUUAUCAAGCUUUAGGUGGACAUCGAGCAAGUCAUAAAAAGAUUAAAUUUUACUCUCCAAUUCAAGAACCUGAGUUGGACCAAGAAAAUGCAGGUACUUCUACUCCCGUUCCAAUGUUGGAAAAGAAAAUCCAUGAAUGUCCUGUUUGUUUUAGAGUUUUUUCUUCUGGGCAAGCUCUUGGUGGACAUAAGAGAACUCAUGUAACUGGUUUAGUAACAACGACACCACCACCAACAACAAGUAGUACUCCUGCUAGAAGUUCCACAAAGUUAGGAGAAAAUUUGAUAGAUCUUAAUCUUCCUGCUCCAAUCGAUGAUGAUGAUAUUAGCCAAAUCGAGCUGUCUGCCGUUUCUGAUGCUGAAUUUGUGAACCACAUCAAACGAUGAAAUCCUGCUUAGUUUUUGUGUUGGUCCGCACAACUGGUUCCAUCUAAAGGUAAAAGAAUUUUUAGCUUCUUUUUGUGUGUUUCUGGGAUCUAAAAUUAUGCCAUUCGUUGCGGUCAACUGGGGUUUAAAUUAGUUUCUUUUAUAUUCUUAGACUGUUCUAAAUCAGCUAACUGUAACGCAUCUCCUUCAAAUUUUCUCUCAUAGUCUGUAACAACCGAUUCAAGAAUAUUUUUAUUAAUGGAGAAACC